CGGAAGCGGAAGUAGGAUUACACUCAAAGAUGGCUUCCAAAGAACACGUGAAAUCAUUACCAAAAGAAAUUAAGGAACUGCUGAAUAAAUACCCCGUUUUAGAACACAUAAAAGAUUCAAAUAAGAUAAAAUGUACAUUGAGUGGGCAUGAAAUGCCUUGCAAGACAGAUAUCGUGUCUGGUUACGUGAAUGGGAAGAAGUUCAUCAAGUUGUAUAAAGAUAAGGAAUAUAACUACGACAGAUUAAAACCACAUCUUGUUCCAAGCACCAGGAGACAUCACGAACAUCAGUUGUUCUGCCUCCUGACAUUCACCCACAUCAACAAGACGCCGGUGGCCGUCGACCGUCACUUGAAGGGCAGGAAAUACAGCAAGGCUUUGAAGAGAUGGACCAAGUGUCAGGAGACGGGGGAAGUGUUCCGUCCGUUACGCAAGAGGAAGAGGGAGGAAGAUGAACCUGGAGAUGGCAACAGCUUCCAUGAUUCUGACAGGGACUCCGACGAAGACGUGGACACAGAUGAUAGCUACAGUGAUCUAUAUCCACCUCAGUAUUUCGGCGGGGACGGCCUGAACUCGGACUUCGAGUGUGACGUGGAGGAGGACGAAGGGGCAGCGGUCACGACACUGAGCAGGGGGGCCUCAAAAAAGACGUCAAAAUGGGCCAAACGAAAACAUGACAAUAAACAUAAGAAGAUGAAAUCUGGAGAUUAACAUUUGCCGAUGGUGUGGUUAUUCUGACACGGACUCCAUCUCGGCAAGGCUGGAUGCUUGUGUGAACUUACAAUGGAACAGUGAGGUGAUAUCCUAGGGCUGAUGAUGAUGAUGAUGAACCUUGAAGACUGUAUUCAUUCAAUAAGGACGAGGCGGAGACUGACUCAACCACUCACUGUUUGACAGUGUCGCAGGUCGGGGCUGUGUGGCAUCAGUGCAUUGCUUGAUCGAGGUGAAACACGUCUCACAUCAUUAUAGAAUUUUGCAGAAAUAAUUUCCAGUGACAAUCUGUGUGCUGUAGAGAGACUGCAGUGGAGUUCACUGAAAGGUGUUUGCAGGUCUGAGUGAGCAGUACUCGACAUCAAGAUUCAUGUGUCAUUUUAUACUCUGAACUGAGUACAUUUCAGAAGGUCUGAGACGAGUCCAAAUUUACUAUCCGGGUACCCACCGUAGGUCUCAAGGUUGGGUACAAAAUGUCUGGUUGGGAAGCCCUGGCAAAAACUGUUUAGAUAAUGAUCUGAUCAUGCAUACACUGAAGUGAACUGGAGUUUAUUUUUACUCAAACAUAUAAAGUCAGAAAGAUUAUGUGCAUAUUCACAAAGAAAUGCGACCAUAAGCGACUUUUAUUGUUAUUGAAAUAUAAACAAUAUAUCAUGUGACUAAUCUUGGGUCCUACUCAGGACCCACCCGACUCGAGUUACCAGCCCAGCCCCACAUUUCACCCUUAUGAAGGCAAAUCGUCUUCCCAAGGCAAGAGUGUCCACUAGCCUAUGUUAAAGUCUAGUUCUCUUGGCUCGAUCGUGUCACCCCAUGUAGAACACAAGUUGUCUCCCUUGUGAUGAAUACACAAUAUCCAAUCA